GGGGCAGAGCGCUCCCUUUGCAGCCCCUCCCUGCCUGGCCGCGCCCCGCUGCUCCCGCUCUCCGGGCUGCGGAGUCCAGAGACCCGUCUGCAGCGAAGCCCUUCCUCGAGCGCCGGGCUGGGCCGCAAUGCCCCGCUCCCCCGGCCCGCUCGCAGUUGGGGUGCGGAGUUAGGGAGGGGGUGGGGGGGUGUCUUUCAGCUCCAUUUAUGUCCCUUUAUUUUGGGAUCCUGUUGUGCUCCAGCCCAGAGCUAACCGGGGCGGGGCCUGCACGAUGUAAGGACCCAGUUUAAACGCAGUUCCCAGCUCUGGAAACCUUCCCAUGCGCCAGACCCCAGCCUGCUCCUCUGACUUCCCUGUUGGCUGUAGGAUCAGGGCUGGACCUUGGUCCCCAGUUUCCUUACCCAGCUGGCUCUUACAGCAGAGCUCAGUCCUGUGGGCAGAUGUGCACGGGGAACUCUGGCGCCAGAACAGAAGUCUGGGCUUGUGUGGACUGGGAAAAUGAGUGGCCUUUUUUCCUUGAAUGGUUCCUUAGGCCAGAUGCUAUCUAUUUAUGCCAGGGGUUGGCAAUAAUUUUCACAGGGGGACCAUUUAAUUAAUGUUGGUUCAUGGUCACAGGUUGGCUCCACCCCUUGACAGGAGCAGGGGAUUAGCCUCUCUCCAGAGUUGUCUAGGGCAAUAAGCUUUGAAUUAAAAACACAGGAAGGGGCUCAAGGCUCCCACCAUGUCACCUGGCAGCUUCCUGGGGCUGCUGCAGCUGUUUAAAGGGCUCAUGGCUCCAGCCCCUGCCAGGGUAGUGCCAAGAUGGGGAGCUGUGAGCCAUUUAAAUAGGAUACUGAUGCCUGAGUCACCACCUGGAAAUUCAGUGGCAUUGGCAGCAGGAUAUAAACAGAAAGCGGACAGAUGCAUUCAGGGGGUCCGAUCAAAGUGCUAGGCAGGCAGAAUCUUGCCCAGCCCUGAUUUAUACCAAGUAAUCUGCUCCACCUUCUGGUUAGCUGUGACCUGCUGAGUACCGGUACCUUUCCCAGAGGUGAAGGAGAGCCCACUGCAGCUGGAUAGCUUGUGUGUCUCACUAACAGAAGUCGAGCGGAUAGAAGAUAUUACCUCACCCUCAACGUCUCUAGCAUGAAACAUGCUUUGGAAAGCCCCUUUUUAUGCCUACCCUAGACAAGCAGGGGCUGCCUCUAGGUCAGUGGUCCCCAACUUUUGGGGCUGCCGGGUACCAUGGGGCAGGACCACUCACGCACCAGGUGCUUAGGCUCGGGGCUGCGCACGUGCCCGGGGGCAGGGCCACCCAUAUGCUGCGUGCCCAGUGCUGGUGCCACUCAUGCGCUGCACUCCCGGGGGUGUAAAAAGGUUGGCGACCACUGAGUUAGCCCCUUAAUCACCAGGUGCUGGUCAGCACUCCUGAUUAUAACAAGAGGCUUGGGCCAGGAUUACUCAGUCAGUCUUCGGUGGUUUGGGGCACAGAGGUUAUGGCUCUGAGCCCCCUCUCCUAAAUUAGAUUGUGCUGACUGCUUCUGAUUUAUGUGCUGACAAGUCUGUUCUAGGGAUGUUAACAAACAUUUAUUUCUGUAAACAUGUAAUCACUGAAAUUUUCAGCGGUUAUAUGUUUAUGUGCAGGGGAGCAGGCAGGAGCAGAAGCAUCAGACCGGGGGCGGGGCAGGCAGCUCUGCAGGAGCCAGUACACAAGUGGAGCUUGGUGACUCCCCACACUUUGACACCAUAUAACCCCAACAAAGGCUCUUUAACCAUGGCAUCUCAAGAUGUGGAAACAUCUUUUUUCAGCUUAAGUGGUGUUAGAGAACGGAUGAGGGCGAAGAAGAAUGGUGCUUUAAAGACUGCAAAGCUGAAUGCUUCCCUUGCAUCAAAAAUAAAAACGAAAAUAAUAAACAAUUCUUCUAUAGUGAAGGUCUCCUUAAAACAAAAUAAUAAAGCCCUGGCACUGGCCCUCAGUGCCGAGAAAGCAAAUACCCAGAGGCUCAUCUUUGAGAAGAUGUUACUGCAGAAAGAAGUAGAGAAAUGUCACUUUCAGAAUGCUACGCUUCGGCAAAGAUUGUAUUUUCUGAAUAAAAUCCUCAAACAACUGGAAGAAUUUCUGAAUGGUAACCUGCUGACAGCCAUUAAGAUGAGCAGACCUUCCGAGGUAGGCGGUGUGUGCGGGGGAAGGGGAUGUUUGGAAUAGGGAUGUUAAAAAGCAGUAAAUCAGGUAACCAUGUAACUGUUAAAAAUCUUAGUGAUUACGUGCUACGGGCUGUGCAGUAUGAAGCUUAUACUGCAGAGCCCACAGUGCAGCUGGCAGUGCACACUGAGAGUCAGCUCCCAGCUGCUGACUCCACUCCUGGGGAGUCAGUUGCUGGCCCAUGCUGUGGGUUCUGAUACAGAGCCAGCAGUGUGGAGUGGCAGCUGGCUUCCUGGGAGUGGGGCUGGAGCUGGCACGUAACUGUUCACAAUAACCGAUAAGCAUCAUCUUAUUGGUUAACCAUUUAAAUGGUUACACAAUUACAUCCCUACUUUGGAAAGGAGCGAAGUAUCUAUGGCUCCUCUGUUACCUGUUCACCUGCUA